CUAUCUCUCUCUCUCUCUCUCUCUCUCUCUAUGUAAAUAUGAAUAUUGUGCACACCAAGACAUUGGCAUAGCCUAACUUUUUUCCAUGCCUCCUAACUUCACAGCCUGUCAAACCUGAAUUAUUAACAUGACCAUGAACAUGAUUAACAGUUUUUUAAUUUAGUGAGAGGAGUGAGAAAGGGGAGGUUGUUGCUUUGUUGUUUCCCUAAAUUAAAGUAUAGUGAUCAGUGAGCCUGAGAAAAAUUAAUAUUGGCCUGCCUUGCCCUGCCAAAGAGAUUUGCUGGUGUAGAGGUGUCCAGGAAUCUUCUCCCAGUUCACACCAGGACUACUAGGCUUCUAAAUUAUUGCUAGCUGCACUUCUUAGAUUGCUCCGUCCACUCCAAUUAGUACGGAAGAUCAAUGACUGAUGAUAUUGAUGGAUGCUUGGAAUAAGCCAAUUUUCUCUGUACUUAUUGGGAUUUGGAUUGCCAAUUAUAGCAGCUUAUGGAUGAGGCUAGUUUUGGCAUGAAGAAGCAAAGUUUUCAAUGAGCCUCAUGCUAGAGAAUCUCCACCUCUGCUGUUUCUGCUUCAGGUACCAAACCUGAACUGUGUACAGAAAGUUUUCAAGGUUUAAUUACAAUAUGGCAUGGGAACCAAAAUUGAAUACGCCAUCAAUAUAUUAGGAACCUCAGAAAAUAGCAGCAGCUUAACCGUGCAUCGCGUGGAUGACUGGGACUAUUUUCAGAAAAGUGGGCUGAAGGAGAAGUAUAAGAAGGCUAGAACCGAGGACAAAAUUCAGAACUCGAUGGACAGGAUGCUUGACAAGCACAACAUAGAUACCAUAAAAAAGACAAUGCAGAUGCAUGAAGAUACGUUUAAACACCAGAUUCAAGAGCUACACCGACUGUACAGUGUACAAAAGAUGCUAAUGGAUGAACUGAAAAAAGAGAUGAAACGAAACAGAUUUCGGGGGCCGGUGACUAGUAGUGGAGAUCACAUUAACCAUUCUCAGUUGGUUAACUGGCAGCAUUCAACAACUCAAGCUUAUUCUGGAUAUAAUUUCCAUCUUCAGAGGUUGAGAGAUGAUCCGAUCUCUAGAGAGGGCAGUGGAAGUUGCUCCGGAGACACCCUGAGAAUGUCAAGGGGAUUUGACCUUGAAAGGCCUGCCGAGGAAGACAUGUCAACAGGAGUCAGUACAAUUGACCAAGAACAAGCAGGGCCAAGCUCUCACAUGGCCUUCAAAAGUAAAAAUAUGAGUAUAGCUGGCUGUGAUGAAGAUAGUGAAGUGGAGCUUACAUUAAGCAUUGGAAGCAGCAAGAACAAGAAGAGAUCAAAAUCUUACCAGCCUCAGUUAGGAUGUGUUGAGCUGAUCCAUAAAGAAAAGGAACUUGAUUCGCCUGCCUCAUUCAAAUCAGAUAGAGGAGGAGACUGCAGUGAUCCCACAACUCCCAUGAGCAGCUCUAGUGCAACAUUUGAUCAGGAAAGAAAGCAGCCACAUUGGCUUUUCCAUGGUUUAAAGCUCAAAUAGGACUAAUACUUCAAUUUGCGUGCGCUUUCUUGGCAAAUCUACAUUAUUGAAAUUCUAAUUAUGUUGUCACCUUAAUAAAUGGACAAUUGAGAUACUAUUCUCACGCAUUACAUCGGUGUAAAUAGGACAUUUGCAAACAUUUUUUCACUCC